CAAUAUUAUACGGCUUUGAACCACGAAUUUUAAUAAGCUAAAGACUUAUUACUUAACUAUAUUUUAAUUUUAUUAACUAUAAUAUUAGUAUAGAAUAUUGAUCGACCUGCCCGCUACCGUAUGGCGUAUGCAAGUUGUGUACAUAGUACCAUGAAAAAAUGAAAAAAUGAGUAAAAUAGAUUAAUGAUUUUAUCAUGCACUGUAUAACUUUACUGUGCUCAAUAAUCGUUAUCCGCUGGCUGCAGCCAGACGUUGGGUGAUGUGCAAAAUGGAAACAGCAACGAUGACAUUUUUGGACGUGACCCAUGACCGCCAUAAAUUGAAACAACCGACCAAAGUGCUGUUGACGCUAAGCAACGUAUUGUUGCCCAAGGAGAAGCUCACGUCCACACCGUCCAUGAUCGACGGGUUGGAUUUCGAGACCGAAGUCGACCUAAGGAUCGUCGGCUGCGAGUGGAUUCAGACCGCUGGCAUUUUGCUCAAACUACCCCAGGUUGCAAUGGCAACUGGACAAGUGUUGUUUCAACGAUUUUAUUACACAAAAUCUUUUGUUCGCCACCCAAUGGAAAUAACUGCAAUGGCAUGCACAUGUUUGGCCUCUAAAGUUGAGGAAUCACCACGACGUAUUCGUGAUGUUAUUAAUGUUUAUCAUCAUAUCCGUCAAGUUUUAAAUCAAAAAUUGAUUACGCCAUUGGUACUUGAUCAAAAUUAUGUACAGAAAAAGACGCAGGUAAUAAAAGCGGAACGACGCGUGCUCAAGGAGCUUGGCUUUUGCGUGCAUGUUAAACACCCGCAUAAACUCAUUGUAAUGUACCUACAGGCACUUGGAUUUGAGAAACAUCAGUCAAUAAUGCAGAUGUCCUGGAACUAUAUGAAUGAUUCGUUACAAACCGAUGUAUUCGUUCAAUUUGAUCCAGAAACUAUUGCUUGUGCCUGUAUUUAUUUGUCGGCCAGGAAAUUACAAAUACCCUUGCCAAAAAGUCCAGCAUGGUACUGUUUAUUUAAUUCAAAUGAAACAGACAUCCAGGACAUCUGUCGCAAAAUACUCAAACUUUAUCUUAGGCCAAAAGUUAUCACGGAAGAUUUGGAAAGGCGAGUGGAAGAAUCAAAGAAAGAAUAUGAUUAUGCUAAGGAGAAAGCUAAAGAAGCUAUGGUUCAUCCAGUAGUACAAACUGAUUUAGUUAUACCUAUUCCUAGUAAUGGAAUAACUGUUGCUGUCCCAAGAAAUAUUAGUUCAACCACCACAAAUAAAAAACCAAUCAAAAUAAGAAGUAAAAGUAGAACUCCUUUGGAAAUUAAGUCUAGAAGUAAAAGUCCAAGACAUUUAAAGAAAUCUAAGAAAAGAAAAUUAGUACCUACUUACAGAGACUAUAAAGAUUACAAAGAUUACAAAGAUUACAAAGAUUACAAAGAUUAUAGAAGUAAUGAAAAUUAUAAAUCCAAGUCUAGGAAUUACAACUACCGUAAAAAAUAUUAAUUAAAGCUAUGAAUAGUAAUAUACUUAUAAUCUACCAUUUGAAAUGUGUUUUAUUAAAACAUUGCUUGUUUAAUAAAUUUCAUACCAAGUGCAUUUAUUUAAAUCUAUAUUAUACAGUGUGUUAAUUAAUUAGAAAGUCAGUAAACCAAGUUCACAACGUAGUGCAGUAUGUUUUAAUGUAAUAUAAUAUCCUCCAUUUUACCAUAGUAUAAAAUGUCAAAAAACGCUUACGUUUUUAAUUUUUGAACAUUUAAAAAUAGUAAUUUUAUAGAUAAUAAUAAAAUAAUAUUGAUAAUAUUGAUAAAAAAAAAAAAAAAAAACAAUUUUAAAUAAUUAAGAGUACUUUAUCAUUUAAAAAAUACAGCAAAUUGUAUUAAUUUAUAUUUUUUAAUAGUUAGCCAAUAUAAAUUAAAUAAUGAACACAUGUCUUGUUGAUAUUUAUUAUUGUAUAAUUUAUUUAAUAAUGAAAUCAUGAAAUCAACAUUUCAGAUUUGGUUUAUAAUUAAAAAUCAUUUACUUUAUGUUGAAAUUAGGUUAGUUAUAAUAAUUAUUAACUAGUAAUUGCCAUAUUUCAUUUAAGAUGAACAUUCGGUGCAUUAUGCUUGACCAGUUAAAGAUUGGUUAAACAGUUAUUUCUCUCAAAAAAUUAACUAGUAGUGAAGGAUCAAUCAAUUAACCAGCUCAAUCACCAGAGUUUACAUCAAUUUUUGUUUUGUGCGGUUUUAAAAAUAUUGUCUAACCUGCAUUUUACAGUUUCACAAGACCAUAAUGUAAUAAAAAAAAUGUGAUAUAUUCCAAACAACAUAUUAAUUUCAGUACAAAGAUCUUGGUACUAUCGAAUUGAAUUAUGCUAAGCUGUUCAGGAUAGACAUUAAAUAUCAACAAGUAGUGUGUUCUUCAUUAGAAUUGCAUUGCCUAUUUAUUAGAAAGUGUAAAAAAACAUGAAAUGUUACGAUCUACCAUAUUACAUAUUAUGAAAAAUGAAUUGCAUUCAUUCAUUAAAAAAUCAACUAAUUUCAAAAUUAUUAUAUUCUUGAUUUUAUCAAUAAUUUACUAAAUACAUUUGCUAUUAUCAAAUAUUGAAAAACUUUCUUUUUUUUUAAAAGCCCGUUUUACACGAUAGUAGUUAUUGUGCUAUGCUUAUACUCUGUUCAAGUUAAGAAACAUAGUCUAUGUGCGACUUGAUUUUGUCAGGCAACACCCGUUUGUCCCCCCACCCAGUCAACUAUCUGUAUAACUGCCGUGUAGUAUUGCCACGCCCCUGCGCACAGGUCAGCCUCCAACUAUGUUUCUGAACUUGAACAGAGUAUAGUCUACUAGCUAGACAGCUUAGUACACUAGUUUUUAGGUCUGUGUGAAUCUUAAAAAAUGUUACUGGUUAAACUAUUCACAAAAUCAUGCUAGCGAGUACACAAUUUUUGGUAAUAAAACGUCCUAUUUUACACAUUAUUUACCAUUAUAUUUAAAUUUGCAGCCAAUCAGAAUACAUAAAUGUUUUCAGUAUUUUUUAAUUUUAUUUUAAAUAUUUGUUUUUUUGAUAUUAAUAAAACAAACACUUACAAAAAUAACAACUGAUCAGGUACUAGAACACUAGUUAUGCAACUAGUAACAUGCUAGUUAUAUUGACUAUUAUCCUGUGAAAAGGGCUUAAAUUGUCACAAAUAGAUGAGGAAAUUGUUAUAUAUCACAUUAAAAAAAUUGUACCAAGUUAUAAACCACUCAUAAUUAAUUAGGGUUACUGACUUAACAAUUUAUAUGCCUACUGUACUACCUAUUGUUUGUAAAAUAAUAUUACCGGCCAAACCAGAAGACAGGAUAAAUUAGUUUGGACUAAAAUAGCGCAACCAGGCACUUAUUAGCCUAGUCCAUAUAGGUUUGUUAUAAAUAAAGACCGGAUUUAUAUUCUCUUAAAAUACCUUAAAUAUGAUGCUAAUAUUCUCAAAAAAACAUAAAUAUAUUCUCAUUAUAUUCUCUUAAAAAUUUAAAAAAUAUGCUAAAAUAUGCAAAAUAUACAAAAAAAGCAAAAAUAUGCAAAAAUAAUCAAUAAACAUCAUUAUAUUUACUUUAAUAUGCAUUUAAAAUUUUUUUUUUUUCAAUUUUAUAUUAAUAGUGAGUUAAUUAUUAGGUAUUUAAAGUUUCGUAUUCUAAUGGAAUAUUAUUGCACUUAAGUAAGAGUUGGAAAUGAUAAAAUAAAAAAUUGUAAAUGUUCAAAAAAAUUUUUUCUGGGUACCGUAAUAUUAAAAUUAAAAAUAAAUACAAAUUUCUUCUCACAAUUUACGAAAUAUUCCAAAAUAUGCUAAAUGAGUUAAAUAUUCUCUAACCCAUAAAAUAUUCUCAAUUAUGCAAAAAAACUUUUUUCUAUGCAUUCAGAAUUGAACAAAUCAUCCACAUUUUUUACUCUCAUAAGACUGCAUAGACCCAUUAACGAUAUGUAAAAACAUAUAAAUCCGGUCUUUAGUUAUAAAGCAUGAAACUUAUAUUAGGAAAAACUAGAUUAUUCUAGUCUAAACUGAUUGAUCCUAAAUCCUAAUGCGUUAUGCUUAUAAACAAAGUAAUUUAUCUUAAAAUUGAGUUAGGCCAGUAACAUAUUAUGUACAUUGGUCAUUAAAUACUUUGUUUUUUUAAUAUUUUCAAAUAGGUUGUAAUUAUUAUGAUAAGAACUUUAAUUGUACAUAUUAAUGCAAACCAUAGAAGAAAGUUAUUAUAUUUACAGUGUUGGCCUGGCCAUGGCCAUAUUUAUUUUUACUUGUACAUACCUUAAUAAUAAUAAAAAAAAGUUAUUAUAUAGUAUAUAGUAUACAAUAUUCACAUUAAGAACCGUAUUGUACAGUGACUAGUUUUCGUAGUCAGCAAGCAGAUAACCCAGACGGUCUGUCAACACCCUUCCCCCCAAUUCCAUGAAGUCUACCAUCAUAAGUGAAAUGUUGUUAAGCAGCGUCCCUGCACUCAAUUCAGUUUUUACAUAAUAUGGAUCUUAACGUGAAUAGAGCAUAGGAUAUAUAAUAGGUAAUAUAAUAUAUGUAAUACCUAACCUUACAUAAUUGUAAUUAUUAUUUGCAAACGAGUGAAUGUUUAGUUAUUGUAAGAUUAAAUUAAAAAAAUAAAUUAUUAAUCAUCUGUGAUAA